AGAAAGAAAGAAUGAAUGAAUGAAUUCCAAACAAAAAAAGAAUGUUGACUUGUAGUCCUGUGGACGUCAUUGUGUAUCAGAAACGGCUCUUAAGAAAGGAUUUAUUACAAUUCCAGAUCACAGCCUCACUGAGGGAAGUCAAGGAAGGAACUCAGUGCCUUCACACACAGAGUUCUUGUUCAGAGAAAGAACUCAUAGCCAAGUACAACGGAAACCCUAGAGAAUGCUGAUCGACAACGGGGGUUUAUACGAUUCAGAACCAACUGCCUAGGGAUGGUACCGCCCACAGUGGGCUGGACCUCUUAUAUCAAUCAACAAUCAAAAUAACCCUGCCAGGUAUGCCCAAAGACAGCCCUAGUGACCAAAAGGAGAAAGUAAUUGGGGACAUUCUCUGAGUGGCACAAAGCAGACAGAUCCUUGGGCGGGCCCACUCCCUUUCACCUGCUUCAGUCUAAUUUAAAUGUAAAUUCAACUUUCAUCAACCGAAUAUGAUUUGUUGCUGUGAUUUUCAUUAAAACUACUGAACAUUUCUUAUGCUGAGUCAUCAAGGCUCUAGCUAACUUUAUCUCUAGCCUCUUUGUCUGGUACUUUUUUUUAGAAAAAGCAUUUACAAUGCUAAUAAAGGUGACAACUGCCUGGGUCCUGCUUACACGGAGCCGCAGUGCAUGAUGGGUAGGAUAGAAGGCGUGUCUGCCAUUUGGGGAGAGCUUGUGCAUUGGUGGGUGUUGCUGCAGUGCACAAUGGGAUAGAUUGUUGGUCAGUCUUUGUACCUGUUUUUGUUGUUGUUGUUUGUUUUUGCUUUUGUACCUGGUUUUUUAGGAGGAGCUCAGACAUUGGUGGAUGUUGCUCAGAGCCUAGGGCUCGGGAAACCUUGCUUUGAUCCAGCACUAUGGAACCUGGCUCCAAUCUCAUUGGCGAUCAUUUUCCUUUUUGUUUUUGUAAAAUGAAUUGAUUAGGUAAGGUGGGAAUGAUUUGUUGUGUGUUUAUGAGCCCUUUCUUCUAAUGAAGGCUUAUCUGGAGGCCCAGAAGAUAAAGCUGGAGAACUGACAUUUCUCAGGAAGAUUCUGAGGUGGAGCCUAGACCUACAUUCUUCCGGUUGCUCAGCCCUAGAGCAGCCUCCAGGAGCUUAUCUGUCAAGCCCUUGGCUUUAGUGGUAGAAAGCCUCCCUCUGGCUCCCUCAAGCCUAGCUUUGUGCUUGAGGGCAUAGAACGGGGUAUCAUGUGACCGUGGUUUGCACAUAGUACUAAAUAUAAGUUUGUUCUUGACUCCAGUGGGUCAAGGUUAUUAGGAACCCUGAAAACCUCUGCUACUUCAGUGUUGGCUUUUUUGAAAGGCUCGAUAGCAGGGGUUUGUUGUUGUUUGUUUGGGGUUUAAGGAGGAGGGUUUUUGAACUUUUUUUAAGUCUUUGAGGGGGGUGUAGAAGGUCACUGGAAGGAGCAGAGUGGAAACAGUUUUUGGUAUUACUAUCUGGAUUCUGGCUCACCCUGUGAAGCUGUAGCUAACCCAGCUAGCUCCUUUUGAUGGAAAAAGAAAAUGAUGUUUUUGGAAGACACAAAAUCUGAACCCAAACAGAGAUAAGACACUGUGCAUUUCCAAAGUCAACAGGAAAAAAUUUCCGAGUAAUUAGUGUGCUGGAGACCGUAAGUAAAACAGUCUCUCAUUAGAGAGUAGAUGGAAAGACUUUUGUCAGUGAGUUACCAAACACACAGGGAAAUGCAGAAUAUUAAACUGAAAGUCCCCCAACGUAUCCUGGUGAGCUGAGAUGGGAUUGCUGGCUCAGGGAAACAUUUUUAUUUUAUUAUAACACAGAACACUUUUUCUUCUUAUUAAGUCUGAGCACAGCUUUCAAAGAGAAGGUUCUGGAAAUGUAGUGACUUUGGGCAAGUCGUGGAGAGAUAGGGCAAUGUGGUAGCAUUUCCACGACAGGCAUGUUUUUCAGGGUAUUUUUAUUCUGUCCCCUACUUAUGAGUAGCAAAGAAACCGUAAAGUGCAGCCAGCUGGGCACAGUGCCAGGGGCACCCUGCAUUCCUCGGGGAGGAGCUUCGACUGCAGUAUUUUGCCAUUUUGCCACUGCUGUCUUCAUGUGUAACUCAUGAGGCAAAUGAGAAUGAAACUGAUGUACAAGUUACGAAAACACACACUGUAGCAAGUCAUGCUGAUUUACUCAACAAAGUGGGAUCUCAUCAUGGGGCAGUAAUGUAUUCUUUUCCUUAUAACCUUCCCAGGUUCUGGGACUGGAGUGUUUCUACAUCUUCUUAUUUUUUUAAUUACAAAUAUCACUAAAGAGAAAUGCCUGUCUCUUUUUACAGGGAAAACAGAACGCUUUAAUUUCUCUCUACCAGGGAGACCUAAGAGCCAGGGCAAAAAGAUACUGUUGCAAGGGGGAGGAGCCAGGUUUUUGAAGAUGUGGAAAACCUAGUGUGAGAACCUCGCAGGAGAGAAGGCAAACAGUCAGGUGACCACUGCCAAGCGCAUUCUGAGUGUUGUUAGUCUCUGUACACAGAAUCCAUGCAGUUGUGGCCGUGGGCACUGACAUUGACUCUUUGUCUGCACGUGUUCCGUGAGCAGAACUUUAUAGAGAAGCUGGAGGUGUGGGCGUGGCGUCCUGUGGUCUUCACAUUUCACUAUGACAGUGUUCAAGCCCUACAGACCCAAGUUCAAGUCCCUGUUUACCUGCCUCAGAGCAGUGACCCUGGAAAGUUUAACUGUUUUUGGUAGUUUUACUUUCUUCCUCUGUUAAAAGGACAUUAGCAGUGGUCUUUACCUCAUAAAGCAAACUCUCUCAGAGUCUCAGAACUGACUCCAUGGGCUCUGCUCCGAAGCGGUGGGUAGACACAGGGUCCAGCAGUGGAGAGACAGUUGGCGCCACAGACUCUUCCUGGUCUCUGCUUCCUGUUGAGGCGUGGGGUAAACCCCAUGGUCCUUUUAACUCUCAAAACCCAUCUCUUUUGUCCUCACAGCUGAGCUCCAGCUGAGGCUGGUCUCCAGGGCUGAGGGCUGGACAUCAUUAUAACACAGAUUCAUUUUUUCCCAUCUUUCUAGACAAGGUCUAGAAGGUUCUUCUUCUUUAUUGGAUAUGACCUUUUAAUAAAUUUGCCUUUCAUAGUGGAGCCAUUUUUCUUACAAAAUUCAAUUUGCUUCAGGCUUCUGUCCCUUGUGCUUAGUCUGAAAGAUUAGGUGAGGGCCCUGUGGUGGUUCAUUUCGGAGAUCUGCCGCAUCUUGUUCAUAGCUCAUCAUAAAUUACACCCUGGUUGGCUUCAUCUGCCUUGUCAUUGCAAAGGUAUUCUCAGGGAGGUCUUUUAACGAAUGGGAUCUGUUGUCAGGUUUGCUGUUUGGGGUGUGUGAUUCCCAGGUCAAUAUAGCAGUGCCACAGGCCACACCUUACUGCACCUGGAGCCACUCGGGCCCAUCGGAGCAAAUGGCAAAACCCAGCUUAACCUGCAGAGAAAUUGUCUUCAUACUUUCCAGACUGCCUUGGGCAAGUCCCUGAAUUCUUUGGCCUUUAAAGGCUUCUCGACUUUCAAACUACAGUGUAAAGUUUCUCUCAGAUCCCUGCCAAUGUGUUUUAGAAUAGCAUGCUCGAAACUGUGGUUAAUAGUUACACAAAGCUCUGGUCAAAUAAAUCUAUGAACUGCUUCUUACCUUACUCAUCUCUUAGUUAGGUGGCACAUGGGUCUAUUAAUAUUAAAUCUGGCUGAGAAGCCUGUUCAAUGACAUUUAUUACUCAAGCAUUUCUCAAAGACAGGUGGGCACACUACUGGAAGCACUCUGAUGUGUUUCUUUGCCAUGUAACAACCACUUUCUCAGGAGCAGUUACAGAAGCGGGGAUUAGGAAGCACCUCAAACUUCAAAGGUAGCCUGGUCCUGUCAGGUCAGGGACACCCAGGUCCCUGAGUUUGUAACACACCAUAGCCAUUUAACUACUAAGUGGUUGCGUGUUUUAACUGUUUGGCUCUAAUAAAUUGUCUGGUUAGACAGAGGUCGUAUGUGGAGGAGGCUAACUGGGGGAAUUGCUUUCUUGAUGAUAAAGUCUCAAUACUAAAUGUUCUCUGUUCUCAGUUGUCUAGUCUAUGAGGGGCUGGAAGCCAUACUUUUAGCCAGAACUAUUUUAGCUCCAGAAAGUAGAUGGGGCACACUAUCCUUCACUCCUUUCUUCCCUUGAUUCUCUGUAUGUAUGUGUAUGUGCACAUGCAUGGGCAUGUGAGCAAGUGGAGGUCAGUGACAACUUUAUGUGUCAUUCCUCAGGCACUGUCUACCAUUUUGGAUGAGACUGAGUCUCUCAUUCACCUAGAACCUCACCAAGACUGGCUUCCUUUAAGUUUUAAAAGGCCACCAAGAAUAAAGACAGCAACUAUGGUAGACCUAUGUGGUUAAUGUUCAGAUGGCAAACGUCUCAAAAUAACAAAAUAGAGCACCAGGGCUGAAGUAUGAACCACUGUCACAAGACUUCCAGGCAGCAGGUACAAUCAGGUUUCCAUCAAUGUAAGUGGCCUCCUGGAACCGGCUGACACAUGACGGCUUUGCAGGUGCCAAACAUUUUAUCAGUGAGUGAUUUAGCUAUGGCCCUGUGUCUGGCGCCUGGUACCUUGCCAGGUCAGGAGAACAUUAUCAGAGGCCCUGAGUCUCAGGCCGUGGCCCUGCGGUAGGGUAGGACAAUGGUGGACUCUCGAGUAUGGUGAGCCACUGGAGGCCACUACAGAUCAAACCUGUUGGCAGGAAGAGGGACAACUGGACUCUUGAGUUGAUCAAAUUUGUUAUUAACGAAUGUGUUUUUGUUUAAAUCACAUUUUGUUUGUGAAUGCUGGACUUUACAUUAAAUCGCGGUCUCAGAAUGGUGCUGGUGGUUGAUUCCCUGUUGGAGGAAUUCAGGAUUCUUCCCUCCCAGUGGAUCUCCUCCUCUCUCCUAGACCAUCCAUGUAACCAAUGCUGAGGGUCUUAAGUCCUUUCCCAUUUAACCUGAGUUCCCCAGUAGGCAAAAGUCUCAGGUGUUCUGACGUAACUGGGUCACCCAAGUCCGUGUCCGGUGUUCCCAGGGGUGCCCAGGUGAAGGUGCAGGGUGCCUUUCCACAUAAAGGCAUUGCUUACACCAGCUCCUGAUGGAAAACGGUUCAAAGUCAACCCCUGCCAGGGCUUUAUCAGUCCCCAGAGCCAAGAUGAGCAGCUGAUAAUGAGAAAAGCCCCUGCAGUUGCUGCACCUUCCUUAUCUUAGUAUUAAACAUGUAAUAGUAAAAAGAGAGAAAACUCGCCCAUCUGGUUAAGAUGGAAAUUCAUUUAGGGAAAGGUGGGUUUCGAGGGGGAGGAGGAUAUCAUCCUUCUUCGGUGUCACCUCUCGGAGCUAUUGGGAAAUGACAGUGACCAAAAUCUGCACUCCGGAUUGUGCAAACUGAGCCAAAUCCUAGGAACAUUCUUGGCAUGCAUUCUCAGAACCAGCCAGCCUUCUUCAGAAGCCAUGGUGUCAGGGAUCUGAGAGGUCCUUUGGGCUGUGGGAAUGCUGGGAGGAGUGCACUGUAGGUGAGGAAGGUGCUAGAAUCACACAGGAAACUCCCCAUUCUUCCUGGGCCAGCAGCACACCCACGAUACACACCCCUCCCUGACUUAACUCAGCCCACAAACUCCUGGGAAGAGAGCCAGGCCCAGCCUAGCUUCUGAGCAGUGGACUCAGUCCUUCUGUGCACCAAGGAAAGCAAAGCCAGAACCAGAGGCUGGUACAGGUUAAUGCCGGAAAUGACGGCGGUAGUGGACCCUCGCCACAUCUCUGAAGGCUGCAAAGUGGCCCACCCUCAGGACCCUCACCACUCGUCAGAGAAGCCUGUCAUUCACUGCCAUAAGUGCGGGGAGCCAUGCAAGGGCGAAGUUCUCCGUGUUCAGACCAAGCAUUUCCACAUCAAAUGCUUCACCUGCAAAGUGUGUGGCUGCGACCUGGCCCAGGGAGGCUUCUUCAUAAAGAACGGGGACUAUCUGUGUACCCUGGACUACCAGAGGAUGUAUGGGACACGGUGCCAUGGCUGUGGGGAGUUCGUGGAGGGCGAGGUGGUAACUGCCUUGGGCAAGACCUACCACCCCAACUGCUUCGCCUGUACCAUCUGCAAGCGCCCGUUUCCACCCGGAGACCGAGUCACAUUCAAUGGGAGAGACUGUCUCUGUCAGCUCUGUGCACAGCCGAUGUCUUCCAGCCCUAAAGAAGCCACCUGCUCCAGCAACUGUGCCGGCUGUGGAAGGGACAUUAAGAACGGGCAGGCAUUGCUAGCUCUAGACAAGCAGUGGCAUCUGGGCUGUUUCAAGUGCAAGUCCUGCGGGAAGGUCCUCACCGGCGAGUACAUCAGCAAGGAUGGCUCCCCGUACUGUGAGAAGGACUACCAGGGGCUCUUUGGGGUGAAGUGCGAAGCCUGUCACCAGUUCAUCACAGGAAAGGUCCUGGAGGCAGGGGACAAACAUUAUCAUCCCAGCUGCGCACGAUGCAGCAGAUGCAACCAGAUGUUCACAGAAGGGGAAGAAAUGUAUCUGCAAGGUUCUACCGUGUGGCAUCCCGACUGUAAGCAAUCCACCAAGACAGAGGAGAAGCUUCGGCCACCAAACAUUCCACGUUCUUCAUCCGAUUUUUUUUACCCCAAAAGUCUGAUUCGUCGCACAGGAAGGUCCCCAGCUCUACAGCAUCUGUCGCCGCCCUGUCUGGUGAACUCCAACCAAAACCCCAGGCAGCCCACCAGGACCUCCUCUGAAAGCAUCUAUUCUAGACCAGGUUCCAGCAUCCCUGGCUCUCCAGGUCAUACCAUCUAUGCAAAAGUAGACAACGAAAUCCUGGAUUACAAGGACUUAGCGGCCAUCCCCAAGGUCAAGGCGAUCUAUGACAUUGAGCGUCCUGAUCUCAUUACCUACGAGCCUUUCUACACCUCAGGCUAUGAGGACAAGCAGGAUCGACAGAGCCUCGGAGAGUCUCCAAGGACUUUGUCUCCAACUCCAUCUGCAGAAGGUUUUCAGGAUGGCCGGGAUCGGAUGAUCCACAGGUCCACCAGUCAGGGCUCCAUCAACUCCCCUGUGUACAGCCGACACAGUUACACUCCAACCACGUCACGCUCGCCCCAGCACUUCCACCGACCUGAGCUCUUGUCUCCUGGUGUGCACAGGUGGUCCCCCCUGCGCACCAGCAGCUUCAGCUCCACCCACAGCGACACCCGCCCCAAUCCCCCCUUCCGACACCACUUCCUCCCCCAUGUCAAAGGCAAUGAGCCGUCCAGCGGCCGGAACUCCCCUCUCCCCUACCGGCCCGACAGCCGCCCUCUAACUCCAACUUACGCUCAGGCCCCUAAACAUUUCCAUGUUCCAGAUCAAGGGAUCAACAUUUACCGAAAACCACCCAUCUACAAACAGCAUGAUGCAGCUGCCUUGGCAGCCCAGAACAAGGCUUCAGAAGAUAUCAUCAAGUUUUCCAAGUUCCCAGCAGCCCAGGCGCCAGAUCCCAACGAGAUACCAAAGAUUGAGACGGACCACUGGCCGGGUCCCCCCUCACUUGCCGCCAUAGGAACUGACCCGAGACGCAGAUCUAGUGGCAGAGAGGAAGAUGAGGAGGAGCUUCUGAGACGCCGGCAGCUUCAAGAAGAACAGCUGAUGAAGCUCAACUCAGGCCUGGGGCAGCUGAUACUGAAGGAAGAGAUGGAGAAGGAGAACCGUGAACGAGCAUCCCUGCUGGCCAGUCGAUACGACUCUCCCCUCCACUCAGCUUCACACGCUCCGUCAUCUAAAACUUCAUCUCUCCCUGGUUAUGGAAAGAGUGGCCUUCACCGGCCAGUUUCCACAGACUUUGCCCAGUACAACAGCUAUGGAGACGUCAGUGGCGGAGUUCGAGGUAAGGCUUCAAUCAGGAGGCUGACCGAUACAGUGUCACUUCUUGUGACCCAGGCUCGGGAGAGGCUGAACCAGCCCACUGCUGCGUAUGAACUCUGUGUGUCCCAAGGUAGAGCCACAGCUCUCUUCUGAGUUAAUAGCAAGCACGAAAAACAUCACAGAGUCUCUAGAUAAAUACAGGCAUGGGAAACCAGUAUCUAAGCAUCCCUUCAUGGUCUUUCUACAUGAUAAGCACUCUCCCAAAGGAAGCUUAGCACUGAGGUACGGUCAGUGCCCUCACAGGGCAUGUGGUGAGGAGAGAGAGCACGUGUUUGAACUGAUGCCUGGAGUUGAAGCAGGCGUUUCCUGGCUUGGGGGGAACCAGUGGUUCAGUACACGAACUGUUUAGGACUGAGACAAGAACACGGUUCAUUUUGGGAUGUUUAGAAAGUUAUAGUAGAACACAGCAUUACUGUAGGUGACUCUCUGGUUUUCUCUUGGUCUUUCCCUAAUGAUUUUUUCUUUUUUUCCUUUUUCAGACUACCAGGUAUGGACAGCUCUGUGUCCCUUGAGUUGGCCGCAACAGAACAUUUGUUUUCUGGUCCAAGCUGCUGCUUCUGGGGAGCGGUGUCUGUUGGGAGGAUGAAUAUGGUGGUUGAUUACUUUUACUGCAUGCAUGGCUGGGAGGAGCAGGCAUGGCUGGGAGGAGCAGGCAUGUCUGGUAGCCAGGUCAAGGUGUCGCUGUAACCUUUCGGGCAAGGCGUGAUCUGGGCCAGGCGUGAGAAGACCCUCUCACUCUGACUAUUGUGAAUCCUGUCCAUGGUAGAAGUGGGCAGGCACGACAGACCGGGCACAGGUUUUUAGUUGCUGUCUCUCAGUGCUUAGAUGCUUGCUACCUUUUCUUGCCUGUCCCAGGGAGGAUAAGUCUGAACUAAAUAAGGAUGAAAAACAUGAGAGAGCGUGGUGGUGUAUCCUGUAAUCCAGUACUUGUGAGGCUGAAGGCUCCAGAAUUUAAGGCCAGCUGGGGCUACAGAGAGACAGACAGGCACAGAAGCAAAACAAUAGACCUGAUGGUUUUCAUGUGCUGUGCCCCUCCACCUGUGCAACCUAAAUCAGGAACCAGCCCACAGUUACGAAUCCUUGAUGUUUCUCCAACUGGAUCCUGUGCUAUCGCUCUUUUCAGUAAGGAUCUCACUGUGAGAGAUUCAUGGUCAGUGAAGAUGUGGAGGGUAGGAACUGAGACCCAACAGGAAAGUCAGGGAGCACUCAGAGCCCUCCCUGCAGUUCCACCGAGAGUUCAUGCUCACCUCUGAGCUUUUCUGUUGCAGACCCUCCCAGAUGGCCACAUGCCUGCGAUGAGAAUGGAUCGAGGGGUGUCCAUGCCCAACAUGUUGG